AACGGAUUAACCUCUACAAUAUCAUUAAUCGUACAGAGUCGUUUCCCUAGUUGAGCGCAAUUAGGAAAACUGUUGGUAAAAAUGUACGUUUGGUUCAACAACAAAUGGGCCGCAAUCACAAUAGCUGCCGCUACUGUGGUUGUCUCCCGGUUAAUUUACGCGACAAUAAAAUAUGUGCGCAGCAGAAAAUCGGAGAAGGAAGUCCUGAACAUUCUCAUAUUUAAUGAGCUGAGCGGCUCAUGUGCCGCAAAGCAUUCCCAAAAAGCGCCAUUUAAGUGUCGCAACAAAUACUGCACAAAGAGCCACAUUCAGAGCAUUGUCCAUCAAAUUGAUCAGGCGCAGUAUUGCAUCGAUAUUGCAAUCUAUACAUUUACCAUAAUAGAGCUCUUUGAAGCCCUCAAGCGUGCGCUGCGCCGUGGAGUCACAAUUCGCGUGAUCAGUGACCACGAGAUGAUCUGUUCAAGCGGCUCGAAGGUUUCAAGUCUGAACAGAUUGGGCGUUGAGGUACGCAUGCCACGAACAACGGCCAUGAUGCAUCACAAGUUCAUGGUGAUCGAUGGAGGGGCACGCGUGGAUGAUCUGUGGCUAAGAGAUCGGAAAUCGAAACCACGUGCCUGCCAAAGUGUCGUGGUUUAUGGCUCGAGCAACUGGACAUUGCAAGGCUUUAAUGGAAACUGUGAGAAUUGCGUGAUUACCUCGGACAGGCAAAUGACUGGACAAUUUCAAGCUGAAUUCGACAGAAUGUGGAAAUCCUUUGAAUAUUCUUCAUGUAACGUCAAAGCGUGCAUCAAAUAGUUUCUUUAUUCAUUUCAUAUA